UUAGCCCAAAUAAAAGCGAUCUUAAAACUAUUAAAGUGGUUACACAUUUUUUCUGAUUUCUUUUUGUGAAGUGUUCGGACUCUCGCUUUUUACUGAAGUUCUCAGCCCUAGACGGGUUGGAAUAAAUUUUGCUCUGUUAAAAAAAGUUAAAGGCUGGGCCUUUAGCUUUGGAGGGCGACUUAGCGAAAAACUGACCGCCCGUACAAUUACUUUUUCGCUUCGUGUGAAGGCAAAAAAGCUGGUCUUUUUGCUAAGCAGAUAAAUGCUUCUUACGAAGAUGGACCUGUUGAACUACCAGUACUUGGACAAAAUGAACAACAACAUUGGCAUACUGUGUUAUGAAGGUGAGGCCGCCCUGAGAGGUGAACCCCGAAUGCAGUCCAUGUCUCUACCCUCUGCUGUCAACAAUCACAGGACUGGCCCACCUCCCAUCAGCCCAAGCAAGAGAAAGCACAGCGGGGACCAAGCUGACGCCGACGACAACGACUACAGCAAUGAGCACAGCGCAAAGAUUAGUCGGCUCUUCGCCGCCACACAGUUAGGCAAGCCUGCCAACGGUGACUACCGAAAGGACCCCCGGGAUCGCAGCCGUAGCCCCAUUGAGCGAGCCGUCGCCCCUACCAUGAGCAACCCUGGGGUCCACCUCUACGCCCGCCUGCCCAGCCUGGCCAUGGACCAGCCUCUUGCACUGACCAAAAACAGCAUUGACGCUACCCGCACGGUCACCAUUUCACCAACUGUCAGCCCCGUCGAGCGCCAACAGAAUCGUCCCUCUGUGAUCACGUGUGUCUCAGCAAACAACCGUAACUGCAACUUGACCCACUGCACUGUGUCUCACAACGGCUGCUCCCCAAACCUGCCUCCAAACUACAGGAGACCUUCCAACACUAACACGGUCUGCGACCCUGUGAUUGAGGAGCACUUCCGACGCAGCCUUGGAAAGAACUACAAAGAGCCAGAGCCAGUGACAAAUUCAGUGUCUAUCACCGGCUCUGUGGACGACCACUUCGCCAAGGCCCUGGGGGACACCUGGCUGCAGAUCAAAGCCAAAGGCAGCUCGACCGGAAGCCCUGACUCCUCCCCCACCAGUCACAUGGUCAACCACAAUCACUCCCCCUCGGUCAUGUCUUGAGAAGAGGACCAGCUUCCCCUCAACAAACCCCCAC